GCAGCGCCGUGAUGUUUGUCCCUGCUCGGAUGCCAUUGCAUAGUUUCCUUGAUAGUACUUCUACUUUUCGACUGCGCUGCACUGAUUUAAAUCAAAUGACAGUCACAACUCACCGUAACAGAUGUGACAGUCACAUAUAGUUAUCCGGGCUUAUUCGUAGUUGUCACUUAAAAAAAAUCUCCGGAAUUUUCUUAAGUUAGUCGCUUUUGCUGGUAAGUGUUGUUAGCAGCGUUAGCUUCUGUAGCUAGCUAUAAACAUGACGUGAUCGGAUGCACGACGUAGGAAACUUUUAGUUAAUCUGUAGGGACAUGGUUUACAUCUUUCACAGACGAAUCCAGAAAAUAAGCAUAGCAUAAAGAUAAAAAAAAAAGAAAUAAAAACCCAUAAAGUAAUGCUCUGUGAUUAUGUACACAUUAACAGGACAGGUUAUAAACUGCUUAUAUUUCCUACAGGAGUUGGAGCCAAAUGAGCCAAAGACUAACCAAAUCCGGACAGAGGAUUACAAUUUAUUCCUGUCAGGUGAUUUAUUUAGAGGAAACGACAGAAGAACCUUAAUUAAGAUGUCUUUAAAUGGGACUCUGGUGUUCUGGGGAGAGGAAAAGAGCGUGAAGUGAUGGAGAAUCAAGAGGAAAGACCUGCGGACGAGCAGGCCCUCGCAGCUCCGGAGCGAGGACUUCUCCACGUGUGGUGUUCAGCCGGCUGCAGCCCAGAGAGGGUGUUGCUGUCCACGCCUGCUCUCCAGGUCGCUCUCGGAGAACAUCACGGCCUCGUGUUGGGACAAGGAGGUCAGGUGUUUUCCUUCGGAGUCCUUUCAUGGAGGGACCAGAGUGUCCCKGUUUCUGCUCCCGUGUUGGAGCGCUCGCUGCGGGGGAUGACGAUGGUCCGUGUGGCCGCUGGCGGCUUUCACUGCGGAGCCAUAAGCGAGCAGGGCAACGUCUACAUGUGGGGGGAGAACACAGCAGGACAGUGCGGGGGUCCUGAGAGGGGCUCGGUUACAAAUAUCACAGUCCCGGAGCCCAGCUCGGUCAGCGUGGUGGACGCUGAGGCGGUCCCUCCAKCGGUGGUUCGGGUAGUGGACCUCGCCUGUGGACGGGAGCACAGCCUGGCGCUGUCGGCCCAGAACGAGCUGUGGGCCUGGGGGAGCGGCUGCCAGCUCGGCCUGGUGACUCAGACCUUCCCCGUGUGGAAACCUCAGAAAGUCGAACACUUGGCAGGGAGACACGUGAUUCAGGUGGCGUGUGGUGCAUACCACAGCUUGGCUCUGGUUCACGCUCUGCCUUCGCAGGACUGCAACACCUUGAAWACCCCUAAAACGAAGGAGCGAGGUCAGUCGCCUCACUGCCCCGUCAUGGACAGGGAGGAGCUGUUUGGACCCGACGAUUCUCACUACUGUCCGCUCGGAGUGGAGCUCACUGAAGUCACGAGAAGUGAGACGUCUCCCAGAAGACGAGCCCCCAGACGAAGGCGCCAUCCAGGGGGAAUGUCGUCUGGCAGCAGCCCGGGCUCCGGAGCCAGUUCCUCCUCCUUUUCUGAGGACGGCACAUUUAACUCUAAACAGAAUCUUCCGGUCAGCACCAGGCUGGAGCUUGAGGAGCACACAGACUCUGAAUCGCUGACCGGUGGCAGCCCCAAAGCCCACCUGGCGUCGGGCUGGAGGACCAACAAGAGCUUCCCGGACGAGUCGGAGGUUCAGAAACUUCUUGAGAAGCUUUCGUUUGAGUCACAGCAAACUUCUGGGUCGUUAGAUAGUGACUCAGUGAGCAGCCACAAUUCAGACGACAGCUGCGUUUCCUCAACUCCCUCUUUGGAUCUGUUAACAUCCAGUUACAAAGAUGACUCCACUUCYAAGAGACAAAGCAACAACGGCUCGAGCUCGUUUCCGCCRCUGUGUUUGGAUGAGGUUCGUCUUUGUCUGGAGAAGGAGAGGCGGGCGCUGCAGGGGCAGAAGAGCUCCAGUCUCACAAAUAUCCACCAGAAGUGGAAAACUGCAGCCGGCAGGAGACGCUCACUUCCUGGAACCCCAACCCACGGGUCUCCUCGGAGACGCUUUCCGUGUGUCUGCAGGCCGUUCUCAGCAGGUCAGACUCAGGUCGCAGGACCAGAGGAGGCCGGAGACGGGCUGCCGUCUCUGGAGAMUGAAGUCUGGAGCUGGGGCCGGGGUUCUGAGGGCCAGCUGGGUCACGGGGAUCAGCUCGCCAGACUUCAGCCGCUGUGCAUCAAGUCUCUGACGGGCCAGGAAGUGAUCAAAGUUUCUGCAGGGUCACAUCAUUCGCUGGCUCUCACUGCUCAGUGUCAGGUGUACUCCUGGGGCAGUAACAUGUGUGGACAGCUGGGUCACGUCAACAGUCCCGUCACUGUGCCGCAGCAGGCGAAGCAGUCUGACGAUCUUCGUGUUUGGGAUCUGUCGGCCGGUCAGAGCCACUCCCUGCUCCUGGCCGACGGCGACUGCGUCCAGCCGCUGCUGCUGUACUGCGGCCAGCGGCGACGGUCGCAGCCGAGCCGCAGCUCGUGCCAGAGCUCGCCGACCAGGGCGGAAAGUUACACAGUCAGACCCUCCCUGCUGCCGUUCUGCAUCGAGCUGGGUUACACGAGCAGCGUGUGCAGCGGCGGUCAGAUGUCUGCAGCGUUGAYGGACCUGAACGUGAAGGGUUUUAUUGCAGCCGUUCACGAGCUGGCCUCCGGAGAGCGGCRGUUUUACUGCUGGCUCAGCAGUUUCAGGAGGAUUCUCCUCACGCCGCUGCGUAAAAAAGAGCGCGUUUGUCUGGCGUUAGGGGAGCCGUGCAGCCAGCUCUUCUUCUCUCUGUGUGAGAGUUUUGGCUCGCUGAGUUCUCUGGUGGGUCGUCACGCCGCGUCGCUCAGCUACUUCCUGCACGACGCGCAGGGACGCAAYGUCACUUCUCUUCCUUUGCUGACGCACACCGAUUAUUUCCAGGACACAUAUCGAAGGUAUUGUUCUGCAGUUGGUGACUUCCAAGUGAUGGGUGGAUUCCAGUCGCUUCAUAAACUCUCACUGGACAGUCUGGGCGUUCAGCAGACUCUGCUCUCCCAGCUGAAUGUGUCGGACUCGUCUGUCAGCGGGGACCUGGAUCUGGUUUCAAUGUUCUACUGGCCCCUGCAGCAGCUCCACCAGUACAACCGAGUGCUGCUCAAACUGACCGCCUGCUACGACGUGCUGACUGUGGAGUAUCAGUCCCUCCAUCAGGGCUUCAGUCAGUACGAAACACUGUCUCUGAGUCUGCUGAGGAAAAAGAGGGAAGCUGAGCUCACCUUCACGUUCUGGAAGAGYCACUCUGGAAGAAACACCGAAACUUUGCGGGUUCCACAGCGCCGUGUGGUGUGUGAAAGCAGCAACCGAUCUCUGACCCUUCAGAACGCCGGGCGGUUCUCCAACCACUGCUUCAUUCUGUUCAGUGAUGUCCUGGUGCACACACAGUUCUCCACACAUCGUGUUUAUCCUCUGACCUGUCUGUGGGUGAAACCAGUUACAGACGACAGCAGUGGGCUCUACGCCAUAAAAAUAACUUGUCCAGAGGAGAAUUUUACCCUGGUGGCCUCAACUCCUCAGGAAAAGAACAAGUGGCUUCGAUGCAUCAACCAGGCGGUGGAUCAGGUGCUGGGCGGUGCAGGUCAGGGGUCAUCCCCGGGUGCCACGGCCAUGUCGCGCACGGCCACUUACAUGUUCACCGCAGACGAGCGGUUCAGGGACGCUCAGUACUCCGGAGGCUGGCUGGCRGGGCGGGUUCACGGCAGAGGAACCAUGAAGUGGCCUGAUGGACGCGUGUACAAGGGAAACUUUAAGAAUGGACUGGAAGAUGGUUAUGGAGAGUGUGUGAUGCCUCGCAAAGUCCAGGACAAACCAGACGCCUACCAGGGCCAGUGGAGRGACGGCAAGAUCCACGGUUUUGGCAAAUACAUGUACGCCAGCGGUGAGGUGUACGAGGGCUGUUUCUGUGACGGCCAGCGUCACGGUUAUGGCAUGCUGAGUUCAGGCAAACAGGACCGGACCUCCUCCAGCGUUUUCAUCGGCCACUGGGUCCACGACAAGAAGACGGCGUACGGAGUCUUCGACGACAUCACCAGAGGUGAGAAGUACAUGGGGAUGUGGCUGGACGACCAGCGGCACGGCAGCGCCGCUGUCGUCACUCAGUACGGCGUUUAUUUCGAGGGCACGUUCAGAGAAAACAAGAUGGCUGGUGUGGGUCUGUUAGUUUCUGAAGACGACACGGUUUUUCACGGGGAGUUUUCUAACGACUGGACCGUCAGCGGAAAAGGUGUUUUGACUCUGGCCAACGGUGACUGUUUGGACGGUUUGUUCACCGGAGAGUGGAGAGCGGGCCUGAAAGUAGUUGGAACGUACACCAAACCGCACGCCGACGAGUGUGACGAUGGCGACGGAAACAACCUGCCGCUGGGUCAGUACGCRGUGCCGGCUGCUCAGAGGUGGACCUGCGUGUUCGACGAAUGCUGGGCUCGGCUCGGCUGCGACGCCGCCGGGAGAGGGGAGAGGACCGCGGCCUGGGAGAACAUCGCCGUCAUCAUCGCGACGGCGCGCCGACAGAGUCCGGACCUCACUAAGUCUCAGAGAAAAGUUCUGGAGAGUUUGGAGUUCAUUCCUCAGCACGGAGAACCCGUCACCACGUCAAGUUACGACAACAUAAGAAGAUACCUCGUUAAGGCGUGUGCGACUCCGCACCACCCUCUGGGCUGGCUGGUGGAGACGCUGGUGACGGCCUACAGGAUGACCUACGUCGGCGUGGGGUCGAACCGCCGGCUGCUCCGGCAGGCGGUCCAAGAGCUCCAGGCCUACCUGACACACUUCUACAGCAUCAUCAGGUUUUUGUUUCCAGAGUUGCCAGAAGAUGGCGGCAUCAUCCCAGAACCCCCUCACUCCCCCUCAUCUGAAACCAGACGGAACUCCACCAGACAGGAACACGGUGUUGUGGUGGUGAGCUACUCCUCUCUGAUCCACCCUGUGCUGCUCCCUCGCCUCUACCCUCCUCUCUUCACCCUCUACUGCCUGCAGAAGGAGCAGGAGGAGGCGCAGUACUGGGAGCACAUCCUGCGACUCAACAAGCAGCCCGACCAAUCGCUGCUCAGCUUCCUGGGAGUGCAGGAGCCUGCUUCAUCCAGAUCCAACUUGAAUCCACCACGUAGAAUCAAACAGGAAGUGACCGGCAGAGGAACGACGUUACUGAACCACCUGUGGAGCACAGGAGGUCUGACUCUUUGUGGAUCUUCUGUCGCUUGUUAAACAMAAAUCACAGCAUCACUGAAUUCAUCAGAGAGAAACACCCCGCCCUCUUCUGGAUGGGUUAGAAAUCCUUAUUUCUUAACGACUACAUCAAAAAUAUUUUUAUGCACGAGUCUUUUUUUUUUAUUGUAGUGUAAGAGAAAGUCAGAAUAUAAAUCGAAGAGCUGCUGGGAUGAUGUAAAAAAUAUUUAAGUUUUCUCUUUAAAACACUUGAGGUCACUGAAUCACUAAAGAAGUCUGAGUCAUGACUCAUUAAGGCACUAAUAAACUAGUAUAAUUCAUUGUCUAACAUCCAAACUCUCCUCAAAGGGACAUGUGGUUGUGUAUUUUCUUUAUAGUUGUGUAUUUUCUUGACAUCAGAUUGUAGAUUUAAGUUACUGAACAUAAUGUUAAAACAGAGUACUGUACUAAUGUUAAUAAAAACUGCAGAAAUUAAGAUUAUUAUUAAUAUUAAAAUCCAUUUAAGGUACCAGAAAGGGGAAUCCUUCAGUUAGUAUCUUGGUAGCAGUACAUACUGCCCAGUACAUACCUGGUACCUACUGAGCUCUAGAAUAAAACUACUGACUAUGCACCUUGUAAAUAACAUUUAUGUACUCACUACAUAUUUAGUACAUACCUGGUACCUGUCUAUGGGGACCAGGCUGUAUUAUGAAGUGAUGGUUUCUGUACUUCAUGUUCCUAGUUGAUGAGUACUUACCAGGUCUUUACCUGGAUGCGCAAAAGUGAUGCAUACCUGGUAUGUACCUGAUGCUUCCAGGGUAUUUUUUGGGUACGUAACUAGUACAUACCGGGUUUUUGGAGGGUACAGACUUUGUACUUCCUUGUAAGGAGCUGAUACAUACCAGGUGUGUACCUGGUACUCAUUGGUAUUGGGCUGUAUUACAAAAGUGACUUGUAUGUGUUGGCUAAAUUUCAGGUGAGUACUUGGUAAGUUCCGUUUACUUACUAACUACUCAUUAUAUAUGUAUUCUGUACUUGGAACACAAUCAUUACCUACAGAGCUCCUGCUCUAUGUACCUUGUACUUACCAGCUGUAGUAACAGUAAUAAGUAGCAGUAACAGUGCUGGAUACAUACCCAGUACUGCCUUGUGUACUGGGCUGUAUCAUGUACUGUUACCCUGAUUUCAACAUUUUUACAAAUUAACCAGCUAAAACCGCCACACUUAAA